AUGAAGACCUAUAAGAAUCAGUCAGACUCCGAGCAGAGUGCUAUGACGCCUGAACCAUUAGCGGUUCAGGCGUCAAAACCAACCCGCCAAUGGUGGCAUUGGCAUGAGCCUGACACUAGCAAACAAGAGAAGUGGCUCAUCUUCAAGCUAGACGCAGCCAUUCUGACUUACACCUGCUUGACUUUCUUUGUCAAAUAUCUGGAUCAAACGAAUAUCACGAAUGCUUAUGUAUCUGGAAUGAAAGAGGACCUGAACCUUCAUGGAAAUGAGCUCAACUGGCUUACGACAUACUUCAACAUCGGCAUUAUCAUCGGGGCACCAUUUUCAACAAUGAUGCUCACCCUCAUCAAACCACGUUGGUGGCUUCCAGCCUGCACAAUGGCCUGGUCGCUGCUCGUACUGGGAAUGCAUAAGGCUGAGGCUGUCAAGACUCUCUAUAUCUUGCGAUUCUUUACUGGUCUUUGCGAAUCCGGUGCCAUGCCUGGAUCGUUCUACAUUAUCGGAAGCUGGUAUCGCAGGUCAGAAAUUAGCAGGCGGACUACCCUGUUCUGGUUCUCCUCCGUUGGCGGGCAGAUGCUCUCCGGAUACAUUCAAGCUGGACUAUAUCGAAACAUGAAUGGCCGCCUGGGUUUAGCUGCCUGGCGAUGGCUGUUCGUCCUCGACUUUUUUUAUCAGUACGAACCGAAGGCUAAGAAGGUCUGGUGGAUGACUGAAGAGGAGAGGCAAAGAUGUAUCGAGCGAAUAUCCGACGAGGGCCGAGACGCUGAACUUUUCCAUUGGGAUCGUGCCUUGGUCAAACAGGUUUUGACAUCUUGGCAACUUUAUGCCUUUUGUAUUGCUUGGGGGUUCAUGGAACUAACCUGCGGUGUGAAUCUUCAACGAUGGAUGACACUAUGGAUCAAGUCCCUCCGAGAUGACGGAAAGCCCAAAUACAGCACCGAGAAAGUCAACGCGAUUCCUACCGCCGUCGGAUGUACAGGCCUUGUCUGGAUGCUCCUCAGUGCGUUCGUUGCAGAUAGUUAUCAGAAUCGAGCUCUGCCGAUCUGCGUGCUAGGCUGCGUGCAACUAUUUAGCUACAUUGUACUUCUCACGUGGCCAAAUAGCGAGGCUUUCAUCAUGGCAGCUUAUUAUCUCGCCAGUGCAUAUAGCGCGCUAUCACCGUUGAUAUCUGCUUGGCUGAACUCCAGUUGCGGCGGGAAGAAGCAGCUUCGGGCUCUUACCACGGGCUUGAUGACUUCUAUUGGAUAUGCCGUUGAAACUGUUGCUCAGCAAGAGAUGUUUCCCAUAUCCCAGGCCCCCAGGUUUCAACAGACGCAUGGAUACGCAUUUGGGAUCGCAUGGAUAGUUGUCAUGAUUGUAUGGUGCUCUGCAUGCCUCCCACUAAUGGAGAGACCUUUCAGCUCGCGAUUACAAGUCCUGAUGAGAAUUGUACGGUAG